UCAUUCACAUUUUAGUUUCGUUUACACAACAGGAAACGUAUUUCUCUUCAGGUUUUAGCGUAGAAAACAUGUUAUCUCCAUGCUCCAACGGAUGCAUGAAAACAGCAUAGAUCUGUGUUUCUCGAAGGUAACCAACAACCCUAUCAAGCAAACACUUCUCAACCAUAUGUAUGGUUAUAACUACAACCCGGCUUUUAACACCUAUGGCUCUGCAGGGACCCAUGCUGGGUACGAGGAUCGCGAAUCGUGGCCUGCCCGUUCCCCUCCAAAUUAUGGCGCUACAGCGCCGUACGAGCAAUACCAGGAGUUCGAAAGGCCUCCAAGAGGCGCGGCAGCAGGACCUUCUCACCCCGUUGCAAGUGGUGUCUGUGCAGCCAAUUGCUGCUGUCCAAGAAUAUCUCAGCACCAACAACCUUUAAGACACCAUCCAGCGACUUGGCAAGAAUCUAGGCCAGAUUUGGCUCAAGGCCCCACGAUAACUUCGGCAACAGGCGCUUCAGUGGCAACCGAAAGAAGUAUCAUUCCACACGAAAUGUUUGAAGACCAUCUACCGCACGAUCCUCGAGAAUGGAGUCCGCACGAUGUCUUUUUGUGGCUUCAGUGGGCAUCAAGGAAUUACCGAAUCCACAAUCCAUUUCCGGAGAGAUUUCAAAUGAACGGGAAAGCGUUAUGUUUAAUGGAUGUCAGUAUGUUUUUAUACCGUGUACCUGAGGGUGGCGAUAUGCUUUACCAAGAUUUUCAAUGUAGACUCCAAAGAGCUGUCAGUGACGAGAGACCCUACAAUAGGUAGCAACAGGCAGUCAAGAAGACUAGCAGAAUAAUUGAACAAAUAUUUGGCCAGGUAUGGGAGCAACGCUCUAAUGACUUGCUCUUUGAAGACACCAGUGGAUGUGGUCUGUUGGCCUAAGAUAGUCACGUCUUGUAAAGAGAGGGGUGUUCCUUCAAGAAGCGGGUAUAACUUGAAUUUGGCUUAGGCUACGUUUUCAGGAAACAGCCCAAAAAGCCGUGUUAAAGGACCUUUGACUUUCAAAGAUUCAAUUAUUUAAAAGGUAGUCUUUUAGAGGUUUAUUUAUAUUAUAUGUUCGUUAAUGAACAUUGAAUGUAUUUUAAUACAAAGGCAACACAGAUGCUUAAUUUUGGCAGGAAACGCGAAAAUGAUUUUAGCACCAUACGUACAUAAGUAACGGAGAGACUAUCUAUAAUUUUAUUGAAAGAAAAU